AUGGAGGACAUUGACAACGUGGACACCAGACUGCUUCUGCAGCCCUGGGCUUCUGUCUGCUUCGCUGAGUCCACACUGCUGGCCAAGGCUUAUUUUGGAAAUGCUGGCUAUGCCUUGCUCCUCUGUGACCUCACCUAUAUGUGGUAUGAAAGGGCAGACACUCAGAUCAUACAACAGAGGUCAAAGGAUUUAAAUAAGCGACUGACUGCUCAUGCCUCCUCCUUCUUGAACCACCUGCGCAGUCUGAUGGGUCCCCUUUUGGACGGGCAGACGACCAGUUCCACCUCUUUCUCCUGCCAGCUCAGCCCAGGCACACUGACCCUUCAUGUGAAGAGUGAGCUCUCUGGGUUGCCUUUCCACUGGGAUUUCUGCUGCUCAGUUGCACCUGUCGAUAUGAUCUCCCGCCACCUUGUGCGACCCCUGAUGGCGAUGAGCCUGGCACUGCAGAGGCAGGUGCGGGAGUUGGCAUCCUUGCUGCUCCAGAAGGACGCAGAGAUUGAAGACUACCAGGAGAGUGGGGCUGCUCUGAGUCGAGAACGUCUGAAAACAGAACCUUUCAAGGAAGAAUCAUUUCUGCAGGCAUUUGAGGUCAAGACAUUGCCCCAAGCCUGUUGCCUGGGAGAUGGGCACAUGUUCACUUCCAGCCUAAAGCAACUGUAUAUGGCAGUGACCCAGCAGCAGGCCAGAGUGGAUAGCAAGCGACACUGGGAAGGAGAUCCUGAGAGCCUGGAACAGGUGAGCACUCAGGAUUUGCCGGUUGAACCUGAACCAGAAAAGGGAAAGGCUGAAUCCCAGUCAGCAGCAGCCCAGUGUGUUCAAGGGACACGGACAUCAUGCACCCAAGCCCAGAAGGCUCAACUGCCCAUGACCAAGGCCAAGAGGAAGAAGGCAAAAGGGCUGUUUAGCUGAUGCCGGUGACCCUUUCACAGAGGCAGAUGUGUGACACCCCUCCCUCUUCCUGGAACAUCUGGACUCCCACUCUAGACUGGAGCGGUGCCACUUGGCUCAUAUUCAAGCACGGCGAUUGGAAAUUGUCCUGGCUCUUGCUGCAAGCGUCGGCUAACCUUUCUCUGCUUACUCUUUCACCUUUCAGUGGAAGUCUGGAGAGGGUGCGUGCAGAGCAGUGAGCAAGAGGUGGACUGUGGGUAUGGCACGGGCAGGGUUAAGAAGCCAACUGGUGAGAGCCACCUGAGCUCCCGUACCUCUUC